CUCAACUGAAGUCGCAAGUGCCAUACGUCAAUCGUCAACGUCAAUAGCAAAUGAUAGGUGUCUUUUUCUGUCAUUCUGUCAAAUUAAAUUUCUCUUAAACUUUGAAAAUGUCGAAGAGAGGACGUGGUGGUUCCGCAGGAGCCAAAUUCAGGAUAUCCCUGGCACUUCCUGUAGGUGCUGUUAUCAAUUGUGCUGACAACACGGGAGCAAAAAACUUAUAUGUCAUUGCAGUACAAGGUAUUGGUGGACGUCUCAACAGGCUGCCUGCUGCAGCAGCAGGUGACAUGAUUGUAGCCACUGUGAAAAAGGGUAAACCAGAACUCAGAAAAAAGGUUAUGCCUGCAGUGGUCAUCAGGCAGAGAAAACCUUUCCGUAGGAAGGAUGGUGUCUUCAUAUACUUUGAAGAUAAUGCUGGAGUCAUUGUCAACAACAAAGGAGAAAUGAAAGGGUCUGCUAUUACUGGACCAGUAGCAAAAGAAUGUGCAGAUUUGUGGCCAAGAAUAGCAUCAAAUGCUAGCAGCAUUGCUUGAUAUGUUAUAUUUGUGUACCUUUAAAAAUUGAAAUGAGAGUAAACUUAUUCUCAACAA